AUGACAUCUAUACAAAAAAAUGGCUUAUCUUUUGAUCGUAUUCGUGGUCCAAUUGGAUUCAAUGUUGAUCAUCUCAAAUGUCCUAUUUGUCACGAAUUACUCUGGAAACCAGUUGCCUGCCAAUCAUGUGAAACACCUUUCUGUUCCACAUGCAUUCAUCAAUGGCUAGUCAACCAUCCAAAGAACUGUCCAAAUCGAUGCAAAACAUACAUUGAACGAAAAUGUCCUCCAGUUGUUGCUAAACUACUUGCUGAAUUAAAAAUUGUUUGUUUCUAUGAAUCUACUGGUUGCAACGAAGUCAUUUCAUAUGAAGGAUUAGAUAAACAUGAGAUCGAAUGUAGCUUCCAGUCUCACUUAUGUCCUGGUUGUCAAUCACAAAUAUUGAAAAAAGAUUUUGAUAAUCAUCAAAAUAACUGUGCAUCAAUUGAAUUAACUUGUCAAGAUUGUGCACUCGUAUACAAAAGAGGUAAUGCUGAUAGACAACAUACAGAAGUUAUCUGUUUGAGAGAACAACUUCGUCAAUUUCGAGAGGAAUCUAAAGAGAAUAAACGUGAAAUAAACCAACUCAAUCUCCAAUUGAAUGAAAUGCGCAUAUUGAAUCCAUCGACAACAAAAAUGAGAAUCACAUUUGAUGAUUUACCCAUUGGUGCUGAUCGAUCGCAAUUGAUUCCAAAUAUUUACAGUGGAUUUAAAUGGACUAAUAUUGGAUAUGGAAACGAAUUAUUUUGGAAGAUAAAGUGUCCUAAAAGUGGAUAUGCCACUUCCUUCAUAGCUGGAGGUAGUCGAAACAUAGCAUUUUUCAAGGAUUUUGGAUCGAUUGGUGUGGAAAAUCCUAAAAAAACAAUUAAUUUUGUUUCUGUCACUGCGUGUGCUGCUUGGAACGAUGAUCUACAUUUAAUCAUCACGGGAUAUCGAAAUUUCAUAGAAGUGAACAGGAAUACAACAACACUUCUCUUUGGUAAACCAGAACUUAUUCUCCUUCAUUGGAAAGACAUAGACAAGAUCACACUUAAAUCAUAUGGUGGCACUGCUCAUUCUACUAACGAUAGAGCGACGGGGAGUCAGGUUGUGUUAACUCAGUUUGCAAUCAGUCAAGUUGAUGGAAAUAAAUAG